CCCAUAUUUUUAGUACCAAGCUUGGAUAUUGAGUAGGACUUUAGAAAAGAAGGCAGGAGUGAGUGCGAGUUCGUUAGAGCGCAAAAUGCUGUCUCUCUAUAUCCUCUUUCCUAUUCUGGUGAUCCUAUAUAUCAUCAAAUUCGCUGUUAUUGAUGCUGAUUUCACCCUACAUUCGAAGAAACUUAAACGCCAGGAAUUCGAAGAUAAGGUUGUUUGGAUUACUGGAGCUAGCCGCGGAAUUGGGGAGGUUCUUGCUAAACAGUUUGCAAGCUUAGGGGCGAAACUUAUAUUGUCUGCACGAAAUGAAGCUGAAUUGGAGCGCGUCAAAAGCCAACUUAGCGGUAAGCAUGCCCCAAACGAGGUCAAGAUUUUACCUCUUGAUUUGGCAUCUGGAGAGGAAUCCCUCAAGAAGACUGUAGAAAAAGCAGAAGCCUUCUUCCCCGGUAUUGGUGUUGAUUAUAUGAUUCACAAUGCUGCCUAUGAACGUCCUAAAGCUGCAGCUGUAGAUGUCACAGAAGAAAGCCUUAAGGCUACAUUCAAUGUAAAUGUUUUUGGGACAAUAUCUUUGACCAGGUUCCUUGCUCCCUACAUGCUGAAGAGGGGGAGGGGUCAUUUUGUGGUGAUGAGUAGUGCUGCUGGGAAGACACCUGCACCAGGUCAAGCCGUGUAUUGUGCUUCUAAAUUUGCCUUGAAUGGGUACUUCCAUAACUUGCGCUCAGAGCUAUUUCAGAAAGGAAUCAAGGUAACUGUUGUUUGCCCUGGUCCAAUAGAGACAUCAACAACUGUUUCUACUGAGAAGCGCCUCUCUGCUGAAAGGUGUGCUAAACUCACAAUAAUUGCUGCUAGUCAUGGUCUGAAGGAAGUUUGGAUAUCAUAUCAACCCGUGCUUGGAGUGAUGUAUUUGGUGCAGUACAUGCCAACAAUUGGCUUUUGGCUCAUGGAUAAGAUCGGUGAAAGACGAGUAGAAGCGACUGAAAAAAAGGGGAAUAUUUAUUCAUUGGGAUUGCUGUUUGGCAAGUCAAAGAAGGAAUGAGUUUUUUGAUUGAAUCUGCAGGACUGCACCAUCUUUUGCUGGGGCUACAAGAAAGAGAGGAAUCAGGUUUUGGACUUGUUUAUUUUGAUUCAGUGUUAAAAUAUAUGUUUGAACACUUUGGUUUCAUGUACUGAUGUACUUAACCAGUAUCUCUAUGUUUGUAACUUGUAAAGUAGACAUGAAUGUCUGCAUUAGCACCUUGUUAAUACACACAGUACAUAGCCUUGAUAAGAUUGCCAAUUGGCCAUGCACUCAUGUUAGGUUUAUAAAACUCUAUAUCGUGUCUGCACGGAUAUAAUUGAAUCUCAAGACGGCCAACUAGUGCAUCUGCAAUGUUGGGAGGCUGCCUAAUUCGGAUUUUUUUAGGGCAGUCUGAGGUUAUAGGGCUGGUGCACCAACCAUUUUAUUCACUUGGAGAGUUGGAGCUGAUACAUGUGGGUUUGCUACUGCAACCUUUUCAUUUUAUUUUAUUUUAUAAGUAUUGUCCAGUAGUCCAAUAAGGGGAUGCCACGUUGAGUAUUGUUUUGAGCAACGUAGCGUUGUGGAAAAACAAAAAAUGUAAUGGGAAGAAUAGAAAGUAAAGACAUUGGGUAGAGACAUUGACAUGAUUAACAGUGUGGAUUUUCUUAGUCGGGUGUUUUAAUAAAGACAAUUACUUCA